CUUGCUCGCCCCGCACGUAGUUUCGGAGGGGACCGCAGCAGAACCUUGUCGUUCUGACCUGGGAAGCCCUAGUUUUCUGCCUCAGAUCGUCUGGCAGAAAUGUCUAAUGCAAAAGAAAGAAAACAUGCUAAGAAGAUGAGAAACCAGCCCACCAAUGUGACUUUGUCCUCUGGCUUUGUGCCUGAUAGAGGUGAAAAGCACCUUAAUGGAGGUGGGAAACCUUUCCGAGCUCAAAAACUAGAUCCUUCUUCUGGAACUUCACGACAGCAGCAAGCCAAAAUGGCCCACUAUCCACCACCUAGGCCUGAUGUGAAUGAGCAAUCUUCCUCCAAAGUAAUGUUUAGAAAGAAGGGAGGAUGGAAAGCGGGUCCCGAGGGCACAUCUCAGGAGAUUCCAAAGUACAUAACAGCGUCUACUUUUGCUCAGGCCCGAGCUGCUGAAAUCAGCGCUAUGUUGAAAGCAGUGACUCAGAAGUCUUCAAAUUCACUGGUUUUCCAGACUCUGCCACGGCACAUGAGGCGAAGAGCCAUGAGCCACAACGUCAAACGCCUUCCGAGACGGCUGCAGGAGAUUGCUCAGAAAGAGGCAGAGAAAGUAGUGCAUCAGAAGAAAGAACAUUCAAAAAAUAAGUGCCAUAAAGCUCGAAGAUGUCACAUCAACCGGAUGCUGGAAUUUAACCGUAGGCAGAAGAAGAACAGAUGGUUAGAAACGCACAUCUGGCACGCCAAACGGUUUCACAUGGUCAAGCAGUGGGGUUACUGCCUCGGGGAGAGGCCGACAGUCAAGAGCCACCGCGCCUGCUAUCGAGCCAUGACACACCGUUGCCUCCUUCAGGAUUUAUCCUACUACUGUUGUUUGGAGUUGAAGGGCAAAGAGGAAGAAAUACUAAAGGCACUUUCUCCAAUGUGUAGCAUAGACACAGGGUUGACUUUUGCAGCAGUUCACUGCUUGUCUGGAAAGCGCCAGGGAAGUCUCCUGCUUUACCGGGCACAUCAGUACCCCCGAGGCAUGCUGGGGCCUGUUUCAUUCAUUUGGAAGCCGGAGAGGACCCCUGGGGACACCUCUGAGAGCAGGCAGUUGUGGAUCUGGCUUCACCCAACGCUUAAACAGGAUAUUUUGGAGGAAAUAAAAGCAGCGUGCCAGUGUAUAGAACCGGUCGAAUCAACCACCUGCAUCCCUGACCCCCUUCUGGCACCAGCCCAAGAAAAAAGCCAAGCGAAACUGCCCGAUGAGAAAAUUGGCAAGAAAAGAAAACGGAAGGACGAUGGAGAAAACGCUAAACCGGUUAAAAAAUUUAUGGGGGACGGAACUAGAGCUGCACAUGAACUGCGCUCUUGGAGCUCCUCCACCACAGGCAUCGUGAUCAGUGAUUUGACGAUGGAGAUCAACAGGUUCCGCCUGAUCGGUCCCCUCUCCCACGCCAUCCUCACCGAGGCCCUGCAAGCUGCUGCUGUCCACACCGAGGGAGAGGACACGGAGAACACUCCGCACCGUUGGUGGACUGAAACCUGUAAGAAUCCUGACUCGGUUUCCCUCCACCACAGACAAGAGGCCGUGUUUGACUUGUUGGGAGGAAUAACAUCACCAGCAGAAAUUCCAGCAGGUACUAUUCUGGGACUGACAGUUGGGGAUCCUCGAAUAAAUUUGCCUCAAAAGAGGUCCAAAGUUUUGCCCAAUCCAGAAAAAUGCCAAGAUAAUGAGGAAGUUAGACAGCUGCGUCUGGAGGGUGUGCCCGUGGAGUGUGCGCAUAGCUUUAUUUGGAGCCAAGCUAUCUGUAAGAGUGUCACAGAGAAUAAAAUGUCGGAUCAGGUAACUAAUGGUGUAAGGGUUGUUGGUAAAGUCAUGAAGACAGGACGUUUCUUUCAGAUCUAUCGAGGUGCACGGGUGGGAGGAUUAAAAGAGACGGUGGUGCAUUCCCAGUAUAAAAGGUCGCCUUCCAUCCCGGGGGAUUUCCCAGACUGCUCUGCUGGGAUUCUCUUUGCUGAAGAACAAGCCAAGAAUCUUCUUGAAAAGUACAAAAGACGCCCUCCUGCAAAACGGCCCAACUACGUAAAGCUGGGCACUCUGGCGCCGUUCUGCCUGCCCUGGGAGCAGUUAACGCGAGACUGGGAAUCGAGAGUCCGGGCCCAAGAGGAACUGUCCGGAGCUUCCUCCCCGAGUGGUGGGGAGAGCGACUCGAGAGACCAGGCGCCCUGUGCUCCCACGCCUGGACAAGCUGCUCAGGGGUCUGGUGGAGGGGGCACAGCCCUGCACGACUCCAGUGAGCCCGAGGGAGCGAUGGACACAGAGUGUCCAGCCCAGGCCGGGACUGAGCAGGUACCGGGCCAGGAUGCCCGUGGCCAACUCCUCUGUGUUCUCAGGAGUAGAGCAUCGCUGAAGCAGCUGUCAGCCUGGUGCCGGCCCAGUCCUGGGGACAGCCGUGCGGCGGCCCGGCGAGCUCCCGGCAGGGGGCAGCAAGAACUGACCGCAGAGGCCCGCCGGUCCCUCCUGGCCCGCUUCCCCAGGGCCCUGGUGUGGGUCAGCCUGUCCCUGCCCGGGAAGGGCAGCCCCGAGCCGCACGCCAUGAUCUGUGUCCCAGCCCAGGAGGACCUCCUGCAGCUCCGCCGGGAUCGGCUGUACUGCGGGCCCCAGGAACCCAAGCACAGCGACCCGUUCAAGAGCCAGAUCCGGAAACAGAAGGAGAGGCAGACCCGCGAGAAGAGGCGGAGAGGCAAAGGCUACCAACAUCUGGCCUCUGCCGUGAGGUGCUGCGCCCCGUCUGGCCGGGUGCGAGUCCACGCUGUGAUCAGCGUGCCUCAUCCUGGCUCCCCGAAGGAGGACGCCCUGGAGGAUGUGUUGCUGCCCCUUUGCAGGUGGCCCGGGUUGUGGUGA